GGUAAACUUCCACCAUCACAAAGCUCAAGAUGAGCUAUGAGAAGCUUGAAAAUGAGCCAAUGAAUCACUUAGAAUCUGAAAGAUUCGAAAUGAGCGCAAAUCCAAACGACUGGGGGGCCAGAAACUGGCAAAGUGAGCCAGACGAUUACUUACACAAUCCAACAACAAAAGACGGUUCAAAGGCCUCGACUGGAUCGAUUUUCACCGUCAGAGGUUUCAUCAACUUGGGAUUCUUAUCUUUGGUUAUAACAGCCUUGCUAAUGCUUUUUGCCGGUUAUCCGAUCUAUGAUGAGUUCAAACCAAAUACACACACACCAAGCGGACAAUACGCAAAAUUCAACUCAACCGGACAAGUGGAAUGGACAGUUCCAGACAGAAAUUUAAUAGACAAAGACACUCCAAAAGAUGCUUACGUUCGUUCGAGCGGUUUUGGUACAGAUAACCGCGAAUACAAACUUGUCUUCUCCGAUGAAUUCAGUCAAGAUGGCAGAAGUUUCUAUGAAGGUGAUGACCCGUACUGGGAAGCGCAUGAUGCACAUUACUGGGGUACAAACAAUCUUGAGUGGUACUCGCCUCGUCAAGUAACAACGGAAGGUGGUAAUCUGCUCAUCACUUUGGACCAGAGUGGUGACGACGACGACCUUACCUCUCACAACCUUGAUUACACAGGUGGAUUUCUCACUACUUGGAACAAAUUCUGUUUUACUGGUGGCUACGUCGUCGCUAAUGUUAGUUUACCUGGUAAAUCUGACGUAUGGGGUCUUUGGCCUGGUUUCUGGACUAUGGGUAACCUCGGAAGAGCCGCAUAUGGUGCAUCCCUUGAAGGGCUUUGGCCGUACUCUUACGAUACCUGUGACGUCGGUACUUUACAAAAUCAAACAUUAGGUGAAUACCCAGAAGAGGCUUACAACCAAGGAGGUGAUCCUUCAACCGCCGCACUUUCAUACUCAGCUGGACAACGUCUCUCACGUUGUACCUGUGAAAAUGAAGAUCAUCCGGGUCCUAAACAUCCAGAUGGUACUUUUAAAGGACGCUCUGCCUUCGAAAUUGAUAUUUUCGAAGCACAAGUUAGUCAAGAAAAUGCUGUGGGAGGUCAUGGUGGUACAGGUACAGUUUCUAUGUCUGGUCAAUUUUGUCCAUUCGAUUUAGGCUAUCAGUGGAACCAUGACGCUAUUCAUAUCACAUAUAACGAGACACAAGGACCAAACGAUAUGUUUGACAUGCUUAAUACCUACCAAGGUGGUAAUCAACAGAUGAGUACCAGUGUUGUCGUUAUGACAGAUCAAGAAGCAUACCAAAUGUCAGGUGGUAAAUUCAGUGAAUAUGGUCUACAAAUCACUCCAGGCACUGGUCAUGAAGCGUCUAUUGCUUGGACAGUCAACGAUGAACUUCGUUGGCAGGUAUUCGGUGAUGCACUUGGUGGAAAUGACACAAUUAAAAUCUCUGAAAGACCCAUAACGGACGAACCUAUGUAUGUCAUCUUACAACUGGGUAUUUCUUACAACUUUGGUGCUAUCUCAGAUGAAGUACUCAACGGUGCCUGGCCGAACAUCAUGAAAGUCGACUGGGUUAGAGUCUAUCAACCAUCAGAUUCGAUCAACAUUGGUUGUGAUCCACCAGAAAUGCCAACGGCUGCCUACAUUAACAGACAUCUUGAGGCAUACUCAAAUGCAAAUCUCACCACAUGGAAUCAAUACAUGGAAAAGGCACCAGAUGUUGCAAAACCAGUAAAGAACGCAUUAUUACAUCAGGACGAUGCAGAUUGUCAAAUCGCUCUUCAUUCAACGCCUGACAAAAACCUCAUUGGAAGGACAGAGACAGAUGAGAAGAAACGCAAUCAUUGGAAUUAAAUUAUACCACGAACAUUAGGAAAGGAAGGACAAUUUUUUUGGUAAAAUAUUUCUUAUUUAAAUAAAGCAUAUACAAUUUCAUUUCAUCAUUUCAU